AACCUCUCACAGACGCCAUUUUGUAAGGAGACGGUCAGAGAAAAGGAAGAAGUCACGCAGACCAGCAAAUUAUAUUUAAAAAGUAAACCAGAAAAAAAACCCCCGUUCUUCGAAACCCAAUUAUCAUCCUUGAGGAAAGAGAAUCAUAUCGUAUGUCCGCUAUUCAGAACCUCCAAAGCUUCGACCCCUUUGCGGAUGCAACUAAGGGUGAUGAUCUGCUCCCGGCAGGGACUGAGGACUAUAUCCACAUAAGAAUUCAGCAGAGAAACGGCAGGAAGACUCUGACCACUGUCCAGGGAAUUGCAGAAGAGUAUGAUAAAAAGAAACUAGUCAAAGCUUUCAAGAAGAAGUUUGCCUGCAAUGGGACUGUGAUUGAGCAUCCAGAAUAUGGUGAAGUGGUUCAGCUGCAGGGUGAUCAGCGCAAGAAUAUCUGCCAGUUCCUUACUGAGAUUGGCUUGGCUAAGGAGGAGCAGCUGAAGGUUCAUGGAUUUUAAGUGAUGCCCAGCCAGAUCCCAACAAUAAAGCUAGACAUUUCUGUUACAGCCCUUGCAGGUUCCAUUUAGAUAAUGACAGCUCCUGAUUUACGACCACGUUUUCCAGCCAUUGGAAAAGGGGACGAUCCAAUGCAAUUAAGGACACCGGCAGAUAGCUUACAAUGUGAUCAGUAUACAAUGUUAAACGGCUGCAAGAGGAAACCGCUGUGGAAAUGAAACACUGGCUUUUUUUUUUUCUAUUUUUUUUGUGUUUUAAUGCUUUAUUUUUUUUUUUACGUGCUUUUAAAAAGCACUUAUUCCAUGUUUAAGUUUUUGUACAACGUUUCAAAAUAAAAUCUGCAGACGUCACUAUGAA